AUGUCGCGAUCACGAUCACCACGUCGGCGCGAGCCACGCAGAGAACAACGGAGGUCACGAAGUCCAGAGCGGCGAAGAUCUCGAUCACCGCGGACCAAACGCCCACUUCCUUCGCAAGUUGACGCCUUCAAAGGCACCAGUGGCAGUCCUGCGCCCCAAAAGCAGAAACCGAACUGGCGUCCGUCCGGCCUUCUGGCUGCAGCUUCGAAUACGGUGUCUACCUCUGCUGGUGCCAUUGUCCUGAAAUACCAUGAGCCGCCUGAAGCUCGAAAGCCAGCUUCUUCGAAACCAUGGAGACUCUACGUAUUCAAGGGUGAAGACAUUAUCGACGAACUAGAUUUGUAUCUGCAAUCUUGCUGGCUCUUUGGAAGAGAGGUGUCUGUUUGCGAUUAUGCUCUCGAACAUCCGAGCUGCUCAAAGCAACAUGCGGUCAUCCAGUUCCGAUACAUCGAGAAGCGAAACGAGUUCGGGGACAAAGUUGGGAAGGUGAAACCAUAUGUGAUUGACCUGGAGAGCGCCAAUGGGACAACGGUCAACAAUGAGAAGAUGCCAGGGGGGAGAUAUGUCGAGUUGAGAGACAAGGAUGUGAUCAAGUUUGGACAUUCAACCAGGGAAUAUGUCUUGCAGUUGCCACCUGGGUGA